AAACAAGUUAAUUUGUUUUUCAAUUUAUAGUUUUGUGUUUAAAAAAAAAGUCCUAUUCUUUAUAAACCUAAAGUGCUGAACGGACAGAUUUUUUUUUGCUGUAAUAGCUCCACUGCAGUGCAAACCAUUUGUGUUGCCUUAAUAAAUGGACCUUUCCCACAACUGUAAUCAUUCCUUGAAGAAAUUGUGUGCUAAGGCAGAAUCACCUGGAAGUGUGAUUAGUUUAAAUAUCCUUAUGCAGGUUUCCCUCAGCAUUGAAAAUUUGAAAUGUAUUAAAGUGUCAGUUCUCAUUGUAAUGGAACCCUGUUCUUUGACCUUCUAGAUGCGGAUGUAGAUGUACAUGAAGAGAAUUGCAUUUUGCCCUCUACAUCAGAAAUGGGAGGAAGGCUGAACAAGGACCUGCGACAUUUCCUCAGUCAGCGGUUCCAGAAAGGGUCUCCUGAUCACGAGCUGCAGCAGACCAUACGGGAUAACCUUUACCGCCACGCUGUGCCUUGCACAACCCGAUCCCCGAGAGAAGGAGAAGUCCCUGGCGUGGAUUAUAACUUUCUGACUGUGAAGGAGUUCUUGGACCUCGAGCAAAGUGGGACUCUUCUGGAAGUCGGAACCUAUGAAGGAAACUAUUAUGGGACACCCAAACCUCCUAACCAGCCAGUCAGUGGGAAAGUGAUCACCACGGAUGCCUUGCAAAGCCUUCAGUCUGGCUCCAAGCAGGCGACCCCGAAGCGAACCAAGUCCUACAAUGACAUGCAAAAUGCUGGCGUAGUCCCUGCGGAGAAUGAGGAGGAGGAUGACGUCCCUGAGAUGAACAGCAGCUUUACAGCAGCCGAUUCUGGUGAACAAGACGAGCACACGCUCCAGGAAACAGCACUACCGCCUGCGAAUAGUAGCAUCCUCGCCGCUCCCAUCACGGACCCUUCUCAGAAGUUCCCUCAAUACCUACCUCUUUCUGCAGAGGAUAAUUUAGGUCCUCUACCUGAGAACUGGGAGAUGGCCUAUACCGAAAAUGGAGAAGUCUAUUUUAUAGACCAUAACACAAAAACAACAUCUUGGUUAGACCCUCGGUGCCUGAACAAGCAGCAGAAGCCUCUGGAAGAGUGUGAAGAUGAUGAAGAAGGGGUACACACCGAGGAGCUGGACAGUGAACUAGAACUGCCUGCUGGUUGGGAAAAGAUUGAAGACCCUGUCUAUGGUAUCUACUAUGUAGACCACAUCAACAGGAAGACGCAGUAUGAGAACCCAGUUCUAGAAGCCAAACGGAAGAAGCAGCAGCAGCAGCCACAGCAGCCUCAGCCGCAGCAGAAGACAGAAGAAUGGACAGAAGAGCAUUCAUCUCUUGUGCCUCCUGUUAUUCCAAACCACCCCCCAAGCAAUCCAGAGCCAGCCAGAGAACCUCCACUUCAGGGCAAACCCUUUUUUACACGAAACCCUUCCGAGUUGAAAGGCAAGUUCAUUCACACGAAGCUGCGGAAAAGCAGCCGUGGCUUUGGCUUCACCGUGGUCGGAGGGGACGAACCGGACGAGUUUCUGCAGAUCAAGAGCUUGGUCCUCGAUGGUCCCGCCGCGCUGGACGGCAAGAUGGAGACAGGGGACGUAAUCGUCAGCGUGAACGACACCUGUGUUCUGGGACACACGCAUGCUCAAGUUGUGAAAAUCUUCCAGUCCAUUCCCAUCGGUGCCAGCGUGGACCUUGAACUCUGCCGGGGUUAUCCGCUGCCUUUUGACCCGGAUGACCCCAACACCAGUUUGGUGACCUCGGUAGCCAUUUCGGACAAGGAGCCAAUCAUCGUGAACGGGCAAGAGACCUAUGACUCGCCAGCCAGCCACAGCAGCAAAACGGGCAAGGCCAACGGCACCAAGGACGCCCGGCCCAGCAGCCCCGCGGACAUGGCUCCGGACGGCCCCCACGGCUACCCCAGUGACACUGUGUCUUUGGCCUCCUCCAUAGCCACUCAGCCGGAACUCAUAACUGUGCACAUAAUCAAGGGCCCGAUGGGCUUCGGCUUCACCAUCGCAGACAGUCCCGGCGGCGGCGGCCAAAGAGUGAAACAGAUUGUUGACAGCCCAAGGUGCCGAGGCCUGAAAGAAGGGGACCUUAUAGUGGAAGUCAAUAAGAAGAACGUGCAGGCGCUCACGCACAACCAGGUGGUGGACAUGCUCAUCGAGUGCCCUAAGGGAAGCGAGGUCACGCUGUUGGUGCAACGAGGAGGGCUGCCAGUUCCCAAGAAGAGCCCAAAGUCGCAACCACUGGAAAGGAAAGACAGCCAGAACAGUUCCCAGCACAGUGUCUCCAGCCACCGGAGCCUGCACACGGCGUCCCCCAGCCACAGCACGCAGGCGCUCCCCGCCUUCCCGCCUGUGGAGGCCCCCGCUGCAGAUCAGACGGACAGCUCCGGGCAGAAAAAACCGGAUCCUUUUAAGAUCUGGGCCCAGUCCAGGAGCAUGUACGAGAACCGACCUAUGUCACCUUCGCCUGCAUCGGGAUUGAGCAAGGGUGAGAGAGAGAGAGAAGUCAAUUCCACGAGUUUUGGAGAAUGUCAGAUUCCAGAUUACCAGGAACAAGACAUCUUCCUCUGGAGGAAGGAGACGGGAUUUGGAUUUAGGAUUCUGGGUGGAAAUGAACCAGGGGAACCUAUUUAUAUCGGUCACAUUGUACCGCUGGGUGCGGCCGACACGGACGGCCGCCUGAGGUCCGGAGACGAAUUAAUCUGUGUGGACGGGACACCAGUGAUUGGGAAGUCACACCAGCUUGUGGUCCAGCUCAUGCAACAAGCUGCCAAGCAAGGCCACGUCAAUCUCACCGUGCGGCGCAAAGCGGUUUUUGCGGCGCCCAAGGCGGAGAGCGAGGCGCCGUCGCCCGCGUCGUCGCAGCACAGCGGCACGCAGCCCGCGUCGCUGGCCGAGGGCAAGCGCACGCCGCAGGGCAGCCAGAACUCGCUGAGCACCGUGAGCUCGGGCAGCGGCAGCACCAGCGGCAUCGGCAGCGGCGGCGGCGGCGGCAGCGGCGUGGUCAGCGCCGCCCUCGUGCAGCCCUACGACGUGGACAUCCGGCGCGGGGACAGCGAGGGCUUCGGCUUCGUCAUCGUGUCCUCCGUGAGCAGGCCCGAGGCCGGCACGACCUUCGCAGGCAAUGCAUGCGCGGCUAUGCCUCACAAAAUAGGUCGGAUUAUUGAGAGGAGCCCUGCAGACCGCUGCGGCAGGCUGAAAGUGGGAGACCGGAUCUUGGCAGUAAAUGGAUGUUCCAUCACCAACAAAUCCCAUUCAGAUAUCGUCAACCUAAUCAAGGAAGCGGGAAACACGGUGACCCUCCGCAUCAUCCCUGGGGAUGAGUCCUCGAAUGCCACUUUGCUGACCAACGCGGAGAAGAUUGCUACCAUCACCACCACACACGCCCCUUCCCAACAAGGGGCCCAGGAGACGAGGAGUACCACCAAACCAAAGCAGGAAUCUCAGUUCGAGUUCAAAGCAUCAACACAGGAGCAAGAUUUUUACACUGUGGAACUGGAAAGAGGAGCCAAGGGAUUUGGCUUCAGCCUUCGAGGGGGCCGAGAGUAUAACAUGGACCUCUAUGUUCUGCGCUUAGCAGAAGAUGGUCCUGCAGAAAGGUGUGGAAAGAUGAGGAUUGGCGAUGAAAUCCUGGAGAUCAACGGCGAGACCACAAAAAACAUGAAGCAUUCGCGGGCCAUAGAGCUGAUCAAGAGCGGCGGCCGCAGGGUCCGCCUGUUCCUGAUGCGAGGAGACGGCUCGGUCCCGGAAUACGACCCCAGCAGCGAGCGCGGCGGCCCCGCCGGGCCACCAGGCGUUGCGGAAGUGAGGGCCGCGCCGGGCGGCCGCCGGCGACCCGCGUCCCCGGAGUCCGGCUGUGCCCCCGAGCCCCGCGUGUCCCCGCAGCGUGGGGACAGGCGGGCGCACGGCAAGGACGCGCGGGGCGGCCGGGAGCACCACACCUGGAACGGGGCCUGUCGCCGGCCGGGCGGCGGGGCGCGCAGGGACGCAGAGCGCAGGGACCCGGAGCGCACGGCCACCGAGCGCAGGGACGCAGAGCGCACGGCCACCGAGCGCAGGGACCCGGAGCGCACAGCCACCGAGCGCAGGGACCCGGAGCGCACGGCCACCGAGCGCAGAGACCCGGAGCGCACAGCCACCGAGUGCAGGGACCCGGAGCGCACGGCCACCGAGCGCACGGCCACCGAGCGCACGGCCACCGAGCGCAGGGACCCGGAGCGCAGGGACGCGCGGGCCACCGAGCGCACGGCCACCGCCGGGCCGGGGCGGCGGCCCCCGGAGAAGCGCGCGGACGGCACGCGCAGCGCAGACACCACCCUGGAGAGGAGGGACAGGCCCGAGCGGAGGCGCGAGCGGUCCCCGACCCGCCGCAGGGACGGCUCGCCCGGCCGCCGGCGCCGGUCCCUGGAGAGGCCACCGGACCCGCGGUCCCCCGAGCGCAGGGCCAAGUCCAGCGACCGCAGGCGAGAGCGGUCCCUGGACAAACGCGGCGGGGAGGACAGAGCCGGCCCCCGGGACAGGGACAGGGACAGGGACGACGCCCAUCCGAGACACGAGGCCGGCAGGAGCUCCAGACACGCGCCGGAGCACAGGAGGCGACCUUACAAAGAAUGUAGCACCGACCUUAGCAUCUGAGACCCCCCAGUCACACCGGUCCUGCCCGGACCCGUGUCAACCGGGCUAAGGUCACAAACCCGGGAUAACUAUUUAGUUUCUUACCUAAACGAAGCGUCUGACACCUGGUGACCCUAUGAAUAUAGCAACAAACACUUUAUGCAUUUGAAAUCUUAUAAGAAAAAAAAAAUAUAUAUAUAUAUGAAAAAGUGUCGUGCCUGAUGUAUAAUAGUAAAAGAAAGUAUUUUUAAAUGCAUACUUUUUUUGGAAAUUACUUGCCAAAUGCUGGCCCCAAAAGGGAUAUAAAUUUUGUUUCUAUGUAAACUGUAGAGUUGUCAAAAACGGUUCCCUUUUUUUGGGCGAUCUUUUCCUCUCCUGGUUAAAUGGGGCUGUUGAUCAUUCUCUCUAAGGAAGGGAAAUCAAAAGCUUAAUUAAUUUGAUAGAGACUGUUAUGUAGUGAUGUAGUGCUAUACUGUAGUCAGGAGUUUUUUCUUAAAAGCCAAGAGCAAAAAGGCAAAAGUUCUGUUUGUGAAAGCCGAGGACCCUUUGGGAUGAAUUAGGAUCGCCAGUGACCCUGAAAUGAAGCAAACCGUGUGACGAGACUACUAUCGCAGGUGAAGAGUAUUUAUCGCUGAGCUACACAGCACAAAGAAAUGAGGUGUUCUUGAGUUCUGGUUGGUUCAGAAGACAGUUUGUGCUCGCCCUGGCCCAGGAAGGCACAGAGACAAGACAGUUGGCCACUGUCGCCCCCAAACAGCCCACGCACAGACAGGUUCUCCAACAUGUAGUAAGAUCUCAUUUAAGGCAAGGCCACCGCAGCUUUGCUCACCUGCUAGAAGGAACUGGACAACAAACAUCUCCUGUGUUGUCUGAUUUGAGGCUGAAUACUGGGUGGAAUGGGGACAGGGUGCUCAUGUGAGGGACACAUCAGGUGUCCCUAUAUGGAAAGUGUGUCCCCCCUUUUUGGCAUAAGCCCACGGUUGCCCUUCGCCCAGCUGGGAAGGAGGGAAGGAGGGAAUGAGCCUUGGCGGAAGGAACCUUUCUGUUGAUAUUUAAGGGAGUGAGGGUUGGGGCAGGGUGCUCAUUCUUAGAAAUGCCAGUUUGGCUUGGAAACCAUCAUCGAGGUCUCUAGGUUGCUUGAAGAGGAAGGAAGGAAGCGAUCCCAGUGGUUCUAGAUCCGGUUGGGAGACUUCUGCCUCCUGGCCGUCUUUGGAGUCUUUGGACAGCAGCACAAAACAUAACCGUUUUUCUUUUUACAAAGACCCAUUCUUUUUGAUCCCGCAGGAGGUGUGGCUGGGUCGGCCGCAGCCCCGGGUUGCGGUUGAAAUGGAUUACUGCCUAGCUGAGCCAAAACGUUUGCUUGUACCUGUUGGACCACUACAGCAAACCGCUGCUUACAGUGCGUCGUGUAUUUCCGUAGUACUGUUUUGCACCUUCCACACCGACACAAAACUUUGCAAGUCAAUCACUGUUAUUCCCAUGGUACUGUAAAAAAAAAAAAAAAAAAAAAGAUAGAAAAAAUGAAAAAAAAAAAAAAGACAGAAAACCAGCCAAUCAUUGUGUGUACAGAGUUAAAAAUUGUAACUAACAGAGCCUGUUGGAAAAAACAAAAAACAACAACUGUUGCCUUUUUUUCUUGUAUAAAAGAGAAUUUAUGACAAAAAUUUAGCUGUGAGGAAUGUGAUAUGUGUUUAUAUUUCUGAAUAUGGAACAAAUUGAUUCAUGGGGAUAUAUUUUAAUGUAAACUAAAUCAGGUAUGUAAAGUUGUUUUAAAAUGGGAGACUCUAUAAGUAAUUCUCUAAAGCUUUAGUUGGUUUGAAUCAUUUCUUCUAUGGUGAGACGCUUGUGAAUUAUUAAGCACUUGUUUGCAUUCUCUGUUCUUCACUCAUUUAUUUCUUGCAGCGUGCUAUGGACUUAAUGCUCUUUCUGUAUUGAUGAAAAGCAGUAUGUGGGCCAAUCUUUUUAUAAAACACUAUGCAUAUAUAAAUAUUACAUUGUUCAUAGCUUUAUUUGACUUAUGGGUUUAUACAUAACAUUAGAAUGAGUAGCUAUAGUUGUGUGGACAUUUAUAAAACAAGCUACUUUCCUGGAAGAAGACACAAUUUGUACAUUCUGUAGCUAAAAAGGAGCAGAAAGGGUCUGUGAAUGCUAUUUUUAUUAUUAAAGUUUUCCAUACAAAGCAUACAUUGAGCUGUGGUGUAUCAGGGCCGAGGAAGAAUACAACUGAAUUAUGACGCUAUUUUGCAUCAAAUUCCUAAGAGCCAACUUGGAGAUUUUAUUCCUAAGGCCCCUCUGCUAGGAUUUUUCUCCCUAGUUCUAGCAAAAUCUGUGAUGUUCAAUGAUUGAUGCUCUCCUUGGCGGUCCAGAGUUUUAAAUAAAUGCGAUCAGAGUGGGUCUUUGGACUGCAUCCUAAAGUUAGCAUCUUGACAUCUUUCUUGUAAGAAACGAUAUUUGACAUUUUAAAAAUCCGUGUUCUACCCACCCAGGCUUGUCUCUGUUUGAAGACUUUUGGUCCGGCAGUUUCACCUGGAUUGCCACGCCCCGGGUCUGCUUUGGCAGUAUCGUGCUGUGCAGGGACCAUGCAUCGAGCAGAACGAUCUAGUCUCAUUCGAACUACUGUAACCUUGCGUUGGAAACUGAUUCUUGUGAGCCUACUUUCCUCGUUCCCCCUCCCACCCCCCACUUCAUGUAAAUGUCUUGGUGAGAGAUGAUGGAUGAGUAUUUUGUAUGAUUAAAUCAAACCGUUUAAAUCAA